CCCUUCUUCUUCUCUAUCCGCCAUUCUUCCACUCUAUCCGCCCUUCUUCCUCUCUAUCCGCCCUUCUUCCUAUCAAUCCGCCCUCCUUCCUCUCUAUCAGCCCUUCUUCUUCUCUAUCCGCCAUUCUUCCUCUCUAUCCGCCCUUCUUCUUCUCAAUCCGCCCUUCUUCCUCUCUAUCCGCCCUUAUUCUCUAUCCGCCCUUCUUCCUCUCUAUCCGCCCUUCUUCCUCCCUAUCCGCCCUUCUUCCUCUCUAUCCGCCCUUCUUCCUCUCUAUCCCCCCUUCUUCCUCUCUAUCCGCCCUUCUUCCUCUCUAUCCGCCCUUCUUCAUCUCUAUCCGCCCUUCUUCCUCUCUAUCCGCCCUUCUUCCUCUCUAUCCGCCCUUCUUCCUCUCUAUCGGCCCUUCUUCCUCUCUAUCCGCCCUUCUUCCUCUCUAUCCGCCCUUCUUCCUCUCUAUCCGCCCUUCUUCCUCUCUAUCCGCCCUUCUUCCUCUCUAUCCGCCCUUCUUCCUAUCAAUCCGCCCUCCUUCCUCUCUAUCCGCCCUUCUUCCUCUCUAUCCGCCCUUCUUCUCUAUCCGCUCUUCCUCCUCUUUAUCUGCCCUUCUUCCUCUCUAUCCCCCCUUCUUCCUCUCUAUCCGCCCUUCUUCCUAUCAAUCCGCCUUCCUUCCUCUCUAUCAGCCCUUCUUCCUCUCUAUCCGCCCUUCUUCUCUAUCCGCCCUUCUUCCUCUCUAUCCGCCCUUCUUCCUCCCUAUCCGCCCUUCUUCCUCUCUAUCCGCCCUUCUUCCUCUCUAUCGGCCCUUCUUCCUCUCUAUCCGCCCUUCUUCCUCUCUAUCGGCCCUUCUUCCUCUCUAUCCGCCCUUCUUCCUCUCUAUCCGCCCUUCUUCCUCUCUAUCCGCCCUCCUUCCUCUCUAACCGCCCUUCUUCCUCUCUAUCCGCCCUUCUUCCUCUGUAUCCGCCCUUCUUCCUCUCUAUCCGCCCUUCUUCCUCUCUAUCCCCCCUUCUUCCUCUCUAUCCGCCCUUCUUCCUCUCUAUCCGCCCUUCUUCAUCUCUAUCCGCCCUUCUUCCUCUAUCCGCCCUUCUUCCUAUCAAUCCGCCCUCCUUCCUCUCUAUCUGCCCUUCUUCCUCUCUAUCCGCCCUUCUUCCUCUCUAUCCGCCCUUCUUCCUCUCUAACCGCCCUUCUUCCUCUCUAUCCGCCCUUCUUCCUCUCUAUCCGCCCUUCGUCCUUUCUAUCCGCCCUUCUUCCUCUCUAUCCGCCCUUUGUCCUCUCUAUCCGCCCUUCUUGCUCUCUAUCUGCCCUUCGUCCACUCUAUCCGCCCUUCUUCCUCUCUUUCCGCCCUUCUUCCUCUCUAUCCGCCCUUCUUCUUCUCUAUCUGCCCUUCUUCCUAUCAAUCCGCCUUCCUUCCUCUCUAUCCGCCCUUCUUCUUCUCUAUCCGCCCUUCUUCCUCUCUAUCCGCCCUUCUUCUUCUCUAUCCGCUCUUCUUCCUCUUUAUCCGCCCUUCUUCCUCUCUAUCCGCCCUUCUUCCUCUCUAUCCGCCCUCCUUCCUCUCUAUCCGCCCUUCUUCCUCUCUAUCCGCCCUUCUUCCUCUCUAUCCGCCCUUCUUCCUCUCUAACCGCCCUUCUUCCUCUCUAUCCGCCCUUCUUCCUCUCUAUCCGCCCUUCGUCCUUUCUAUCCGCCCUUCUUCCUCUCUAUCCGCCCUUCGUCCUCUCUAUCCGCCCUUCUUGCUCUCUAUCUGCCCUUCGUCCACUCUAUCCGCCCUUCUUCCUCUCUUUCCGCCCUUCUUCCUCUCUAUCCGCCCUUCUUCUUCUCUAUCCGCCCUUCUUCCUAUCAAUCCGCCCUCCUUCCUCUCUAUCCGCCCUUCUUCUUCUCUAUCCGCCCUUCUUCCUCUCUAUCCGCCCUUCUUCUUCUCUAUCCGCUCUUCUUCCUCUUUAUCCGCCCUUCUUCCUCUCUAUCCGCCCUUCUUCCUCUCUAUCCGCCCUUCUUCCUAUCAAUCCGCCCUCCUUCCUCUCUAUCAGCCCUUCUUCCUCUCUAUCCGCCCUUCUUCCUCUCUAUCUGCCCUUCUUCCUCUCUAUCCGCCCUUCUUCCUCUCUAUCCGCCCUUCUUCCUCUCUAUCCGCCCUUCUUCCUCUCUAUCCGCCCAUCUUCCUCUCUAUCCCCCCUUCUUCCUCUCUAUCCGCCCUUCUUCCUCUCUAUCCGCCCUUCUUCCUCUCUAUCCGCCCUUCUUCCUCUCUAUCCGCCCUUCUUCCCCUCAAUCCGCCCUUCUUCCUAUCAAUCCGCCCUCCUUCCUCUCUAUCCGCCCUCCUUCCUCUCUAUCCGCCCUUCUUCCCCUCUAUCCUCCCUCCUUCCUCUCUAUCCGCCCUUCUUCCUCUCUAUCCGCCCUCCUUCCUCUCUAUCCGCCCUUCGUCCUCUCUAUCCGCCCUUCUUCCUCUCUAUCCGCCCUUCGUCCUCUCUAUCCGCCCUUCUUCCUCUCUAUCCGCCCUUCGUCCUUUCUAUCCGCCCUUUUUCCUCUCUAUCCGCCCUUCGUCCUUUCUUUCUUCCUCUCUAUCCGCCCUUCUUCCUCUCAAUCCGCCCUUCUUCCUAUCAAUCCGCCCUCCUUCCUCUCUAUCCGCCCUCCUUCCUCUCUAUCCGCCCUUCUUCCCCUCUAUCCUCCCUCCUUCCUCUCUAUCCGCCCUUCUUCCUCUCUAUCCGCCCUCCUUCCUCUCUAUCCGCCCUUUUUCCUCUCUUUCCGCCCUUCUUCCUCUCUAUCCGCCCUUCUUCUUCUCUAUCCGCCCUUCUUCCUAUCAAUCCGCCCUCCUUCCUCUCUAUCCGCCCUUCUUCCUAUCAAUCCGCCCUCCUUCCUCUCUAUCAGCCCUUCUUCCUAUCAAUCCGCCCUUCUUCCUCUCUAUCCGCCCUUCUUCCUCUCUAUCCGCCCUUCUUCCUCUCUAUCCGCCCUUCUUCCUCCCUAUCCCCCCUUCUUCCUCUCUAUCCGCCCUUCUUCCUCCCUAUCCGCCCUUCUUCUUCUCUUUCCGCCCUUCUUCCUCUCUAUCCGCCCUUCUUCCUCUCUAUCCGCCCUUCUUCCUCUCUAUCCGCCCUUCUUCCUCUCUAUCGGCCCUUCUUCCUCUCUAUCCGCCCUUCUUCCUCUCUAUCCGCCCUUCUUCCUCUCUAUCCGCCCUUCUUCCUCUCUAUCCGCCCUUCUUCCUCUCUAUCCGCCCUUCUUCCUCUCUAUCCCCCCUUCUUCCUCUCUAUCCGCCCUUCUUCCUCUCUAUCCCCCCUUCUUCAUCUCUAUCCGCCCUUCUUCCUCUCUAUCCGCCCUUCUUCAUCUCUAUCCCCCCUUCUUCCUCUCUAUCCGCCCUUCUUCCUCUCUAUCCGCCCUUCUUCCUCUCUAUCCGCCCUUCUUCCUCUCUAUCCGCCCUUCUUCCUCUCAAUCCGCCCUUCUUCCUAUCAAUCCGCCCUCCUUCCUCUCUAUCAGCCCUUCUUCUUCUCUAUCCGCCAUUCUUCCUCUCUAUCCGCCCUUCUUCUUCUCAAUCCGCCCUUCUUCCUCUCUAUCCGCCCUUAUUCUCUAUCCGCCCUUCUUCCUCUCUAUCCGCCCUUCUUCCUCCCUAUCCGCCCUUCUUCCUCUCUAUCCGCCCUUCUUCCUCUCUAUCCCCCCUUCUUCCUCUCUAUCCGCCCUUCUUCCUCUCUAUCCGCCCUUCUUCAUCUCUAUCCGCCCUUCUUCCUCUCUAUCCGCCCUUCUUCAUCUCUAUCCGCCCUUCUUCCUCUCUAUCCGCCCUUCUUCCUCUCUAUCCGCCCUUCUUCAUCUCUAUCCCCCCUUCUUCCUCUCUAUCCGCCCUUCUUCCUCUCUAUCCGCCCUUCUUCCUCUCUAUCCGCCCUUCUUCCUCUCUAUCCGCCCUUCUUCCUCUCAAUCCGCCCUUCUUCCUAUCAAUCCGCCCUUCUUCCUCUCUAUCCGCCCUUCUUCCUCUCUAUCCGCCCUUCUUCCUCUCUAUCCGCCCUUCUUCCUCCCUAUCCCCCCUUCUUCCUCUCUAUCCGCCCUUCUUCCUCCCUAUCCGCCCUUCUUCUUCUCUUUCCGCCCUUCUUCCUCUCUAUCCGCCCUUCUUCCUCUCUAUCCGCCCUUCUUCCUCUCUAUCCGCCCUUCUUCCUCUCUAUCGGCCCUUCUUCCUCUCUAUCCGCCCUUCUUCCUCUCUAUCCGCCCUUCUUCCUCUCUAUCCGCCCUUCUUCCUCUCUAUCCGCCCUUCUUCCUCUCUAUCCGCCCUUCUUCCUCUCUAUCCCCCCUUCUUCCUCUCUAUCCGCCCUUCUUCCUCUCUAUCCCCCCUUCUUCAUCUCUAUCCGCCCUUCUUCCUCUCUAUCCGCCCUUCUUCAUCUCUAUCCCCCCUUCUUCCUCUCUAUCCGCCCUUCUUCCUCUCUAUCCGCCCUUCUUCCUCUCUAUCCGCCCUUCUUCCUCUCUAUCCGCCCUUCUUCCUCUCAAUCCGCCCUUCUUCCUAUCAAUCCGCCCUCCUUCCUCUCUAUCAGCCCUUCUUCUUCUCUAUCCGCCAUUCUUCCUCUCUAUCCGCCCUUCUUCUUCUCAAUCCGCCCUUCUUCCUCUCUAUCCGCCCUUAUUCUCUAUCCGCCCUUCUUCCUCUCUAUCCGCCCUUCUUCCUCCCUAUCCGCCCUUCUUCCUCUCUAUCCGCCCUUCUUCCUCUCUAUCCCCCCUUCUUCCUCUCUAUCCGCCCUUCUUCCUCUCUAUCCGCCCUUCUUCAUCUCUAUCCGCCCUUCUUCCUCUCUAUCCGCCCUUCUUCAUCUCUAUCCGCCCUUCUUCCUCUCUAUCCGCCCUUCUUCCUCUCUAUCCGCCCUUCUUCAUCUCUAUCCCCCCUUCUUCCUCUCUAUCCGCCCUUCUUCCUCUCUAUCCGCCCUUCUUCCUCUCUAUCCGCCCUUCUUCCUCUCUAUCCGCCCUUCUUCCUCUCAAUCCGCCCUUCUUCCUAUCAAUCCGCCCUCCUUCCUCUCUAUCAGCCCUUCUUCUUCUCUAUCCGCCAUUCUUCCUCUCUAUCCGCCCUUCUUCUUCUCAAUCCGCCCUUCUUCCUCUCUAUCCGCCCUUAUUCUCUAUCCGCCCUUCUUCCUCUCUAUCCGCCCUUCUUCCUCCCUAUCCGCCCUUCUUCCUCUCUAUCCGCCCUUCUUCCUCUCUAUCCCCCCUUCUUCCUCUCUAUCCGCCCUUCUUCCUCUCUAUCCGCCCUUCUUCAUCUCUAUCCGCCCUUCUUCCUCUCUAUCCGCCCUUCUUCAUCUCUAUCCGCCCUUCUUCCUCUCUAUCCGCCCUUCUUCCUCUCUAUCCCCCCUUCUUCCUCUCUAUCCGCCCUUCUUCCUCUCUAUCCGCCCUUCUUCCUCUCUAUCCGCCCUUCUUCCUCUCUAUCCGCCCUUCUUCCUCUCUAUCCGCCCUUCUUCCUAUCAAUCCGCCCUCCUUCCUCUCUAUCAGCCCUUCUUCUUCUCUAUCCGCCAUUCUUCCUCUCUCUCCGCCCUUCUUCUUCUCAAUCCGCCCUUCUUCCUCUCUAUCCGCCCUUAUUCUCUAUCCGCCCUUCUUCCUCUCUAUCCGCCCUUCUUCCUCCCUAUCCGCCCUUCUUCCUCUCUAUCCGCCCUUCUUCCUCUCUAUCCCCCCUUCUUCCUCUCUAUCCGCCCUUCUUCCUCUCUAUCCGCCCUUCUUCAUCUCUAUCCGCCCUUCUUCCUCUCUAUCCACCCUUCUUCCUCUCUAUCCGCCCUUCUUCCUCUCUAUCCGCCCUUCUUCCUCUCUAUCGGCCCUUCUUCCUCUCUAUCCGCCCUUCUUCCUCUCUAUCCGCCCUCCUUCCUCUCUAUCCGCCCUUCUUCCUCUCUAUCCGCCCUUCUUCCUCUCUAUCCGCCCUUCUUCCUCUCUAUCCGCCCUUCUUCCUCUCUAUCCGCCCUUCUUCCUCUCUAUCCCCCCUUCUUCCUCUCUAUCCGCCCUUCUUCCUCUCUAUCCGCCCUUCUUCAUCUCUAUCCGCCCUUCUUCCUCUCUAUCCGCCCUUCUUCCUCUCUAUCCCCCCUUCUUCCUCUCUAUCCGCCCUUCUUCCUAUCAAUCCGCCCUCCUUCCUCUCUAUCAGCCCUUCUUCUUUAUCCGCCAUUCUUCCUCUCUAUCCGCCCUCCUUCCUCUCUAUCCGCCCUUCUUCCUCUCUAUCCGCCCUUAUUCUCUAUCCGUCCUUCUUCCUCUCUAUCCGCCCUUCUUCCUCUCUAUCCGCCCUUCUUCCUAUCAAUCCGCCUUCCUUCCUCUCUAUCAGCCCUUCUUCUUCUCUAUCCGCCCUUUUUCCUCUCUAUCCGCCCUUCUUCUCUAUCCGCCCUUCUUCCUCUCUAUCCGCCCUUCUUCCUCCCUAUCCGCCCUUCUUCCUCUCUAUCCGCCCUUCUUCCUCUCUAUCGGCCCUUCUUCCUCUCUAUCCGCCCUUCUUCCUCUCUAUCGGCCCUUCUUCCUCUCUAUCCGCCCUUCUUCCUCUCUAUCCGCCCUUCUUCCUCUCUAUCCGCCCUUCUUCCUCACUAUCCGCCCUUCUUCUUCUCUAUCCGCCCUUCUUCCUCUGUAUCCGCCCUUCUUCCUCUCUAUCCGCCCUUCUUCCUCUCUAUCCCCCCUUCUUCCUCUCUAUCCGCCCUUCUUUCUCUCUAUCCGCCCUUCUUCAUCUCUAUCCGCCCUUCUUCCUCUCUAUCCGCCCUUCUUCCUAUCAAUCCGCCCUCCUUCCUCUCUAUCCGCCCUUCUUCCUCUCUAUCCGCCCUUCUUCCUCUCUAUCCGCCCUUCUUCCUCUCUAACCGCCCUUCUUCCUCUCUAUCCGCCCUUCUUCCUCUCUAUCCGCCCUUCGUCCUUUCUAUCCGCCCUUCUUCCUCUCUAUCCGCCCUUCGUCCUCUCUAUUCGCCCUUCUUCCUCUCUAUCCACCCUUCUUGCUCUCUAUCUUCCCUUCGUCCACUCUAUCCGCCCUUCUUCCUCUCUUUCCGCCCUUCUUCCUCUCUAUCCGCCCUUCUUCUUCUCUAUCCGCCCUUCUUCCUAUCAAUCCGCCUUCCUUCCUCUCUAUCCGCCCUUCUUCUUCUCUAUCCGCCCUUCUUCCUCUCUAUCCGCCCUUCUUCUUCUCUAUCCGCUCUUCUUCCUCUUUAUCCGCCCUUCUUCCUCUCUAUCCGCCCUUCUUCCUCUCUAUCCGCCCUUCUUCCUAUCAAUCCGCCCUCCUUCCUCUCUAUCAGCCCUUCUUCCUCUCUAUCUGCCCUUCUUCCUCUCUAUCCGCCCUUCUUCCUCUCUAUCCACCCUUCUUCCUCUCUAUCCGCCCUUCUUCCUCUCUAUCCGCCCAUCUUCCUCUCUAUCCCCCCUUCUUCCUCUCUAUCCGCCCUUCUUCCUCUCUAUCCGCCCUUCUUCCUCUCUAUCCGCCCUUCUUCCUCUCUAUCCGCCCUUCUUCCUCUCAAUCCGCCCUUCUUCCUAUCAAUCCGCCCUCCUUCCUCUCUAUCCGCCCUCCUUCCUCUCUAUCCGCCCUUCUUCCCCUCUAUCCUCCCUCCUUCCUCUCUAUCCGCCCUUCUUCCUCUCUAUCCGCCCUCCUUCCUCUCUAUCCGCCCUUCGUCCUCUCUAUCCGCCCUUCUUCCUCUCUAUCCGCCCUUCGUCCUCUCUAUCCGCCCUUCUUCCUCUCUAUCCGCCCUUCGUCCUUUCUAUCCGCCCUUUUUCCUCUCUAUCCGACCUUCGUCCUUUCUUUCUUCCUCUCUAUCCGCCCUUCUUCCUCUCAAUCCGCCCUUCUUCCUAUCAAUCCGCCCUCCUUCCUCUCUAUCCGCCCUCCUUCCUCUCUAUCCGCCCUUCUUCCCCUCUAUCCUCCCUCCUUCCUCUCUAUCCGCCCUUCUUCCUCUCUAUCCGCCCUCCUUCCUCUCUAUCCGCCCUUCUUCCUCUCUUUCCGCCCUUCUUCCUCUCUAUCCGCCCUUCUUCUUCUCUAUCCGCCCUUCUUCGUAUCAAUCCGCCCUCCUUCCUCUCUAUCCGCCCUUCUUCUUCUCUAUCCGCCCUUCUUCCUCUCUAUCCGCCCUUCUUCCUAUCAAUCCGCCCUCCUUCCUCUCUAUCAGCCCUUCUUCUUCUGUAUCCGCCCUUCUUCCUCUCUAUCCGCCCUUCUUCCUCUCUAUCCGCCCUUCUUCCUCUCUAUCCCCCCUUCUUCCUCUCUAUCCGCCCUUCUUCCUCCCUAUCCGCCCUUCUUCUUCUCUUUCCGCCCUUCUUCCUCUCUAUCCGCCCUUCUUCCUCUCUAUCCGCCCUUCUUCCUCUCUAUCCGCCCUUCUUCCUCUCUAUCGGCCCUUCUUCCUCUCUAUCCGCCCUUCUUCCUCUCUAUCCGCCCUUCUUCCUCUCUAUCCGCCCUUCUUCCUCUCUAUCCGCCCUUCUUCCUCUCUAUCUGCCCUUCUUCCUCUCUAUCCCCCCUUCUUCCUCUCUAUCCGCCCUUCUUCCUCUCUAUCCCCCCUUCUUCCUCUCUAUCUGCCCUUCUUCCUCUCUAUCCGCCCUUCUUCAUCUCUAUCCGCCCUUCUUCCUCUCUAUCCGCCCUUCUUCCUAUCAAUCCGCCCUCCUUCCUCUCUAUCAGCCCUUCUUCUUUAUCCGCCAUUCUUCCUCUCUAUCCGCCCUUCUUCUUCUCUAUCCGCUCUUCUUCCUCUUUAUCCGCCCUUCUUCCUCUCUAUCCGCCCUUCUUCCUCUCUAUCCGCCCUUCUUCCUAUCAAUCCGCCCUCCUUCCUCUCUAUCAGCCCUUCUUCCUCUCUAUCUGCCCUUCUUCCUCUCUAUCCGCCCUUCUUCCUCUCUAUCCACCCUUCUUCCUCUCUAUCCGCCCUUCUUCCUCUCUAUCCGCCCAUCUUCCUCUCUAUCCCCCCUUCUUCCUCUCUAUCCGCCCUUCUUCCUCUCUAUCCGCCCUUCUUCCUCUCUAUCCGCCCUUCUUCCUCUCUAUCCGCCCUUCUUCCUCUCAAUCCGCCCUUCUUCCUAUCAAUCCGCCCUCCUUCCUCUCUAUCCGCCCUCCUUCCUCUCUAUCCGCCCUUCUUCCCCUCUAUCCUCCCUCCUUCCUCUCUAUCCGCCCUUCUUCCUCUCUAUCCGCCCUCCUUCCUCUCUAUCCGCCCUUCGUCCUCUCUAUCCGCCCUUCUUCCUCUCUAUCCGCCCUUCGUCCUCUCUAUCCGCCCUUCUUCCUCUCUAUCCGCCCUUCGUCCUUUCUAUCCGCCCUUUUUCCUCUCUAUCCGACCUUCGUCCUUUCUUUCUUCCUCUCUAUCCGCCCUUCUUCCUCUCAAUCCGCCCUUCUUCCUAUCAAUCCGCCCUCCUUCCUCUCUAUCCGCCCUCCUUCCUCUCUAUCCGCCCUUCUUCCCCUCUAUCCUCCCUCCUUCCUCUCUAUCCGCCCUUCUUCCUCUCUAUCCGCCCUCCUUCCUCUCUAUCCGCCCUUCUUCCUCUCUUUCCGCCCUUCUUCCUCUCUAUCCGCCCUUCUUCUUCUCUAUCCGCCCUUCUUCGUAUCAAUCCGCCCUCCUUCCUCUCUAUCCGCCCUUCUUCUUCUCUAUCCGCCCUUCUUCCUCUCUAUCCGCCCUUCUUCCUAUCAAUCCGCCCUCCUUCCUCUCUAUCAGCCCUUCUUCUUCUGUAUCCGCCCUUCUUCCUCUCUAUCCGCCCUUCUUCCUCUCUAUCCGCCCUUCUUCCUCUCUAUCCCCCCUUCUUCCUCUCUAUCCGCCCUUCUUCCUCCCUAUCCGCCCUUCUUCUUCUCUUUCCGCCCUUCUUCCUCUCUAUCCGCCCUUCUUCCUCUCUAUCCGCCCUUCUUCCUCUCUAUCCGCCCUUCUUCCUCUCUAUCGGCCCUUCUUCCUCUCUAUCCGCCCUUCUUCCUCUCUAUCCGCCCUUCUUCCUCUCUAUCCGCCCUUCUUCCUCUCUAUCCGCCCUUCUUCCUCUCUAUCCGCCCUUCUUCCUCUCUAUCCCCCCUUCUUCCUCUCUAUCCGCCCUUCUUCCUCUCUAUCCCCCCUUCUUCCUCUCUAUCUGCCCUUCUUCCUCUCUAUCCGCCCUUCUUCAUCUCUAUCCGCCCUUCUUCCUCUCUAUCCGCCCUUCUUCCUAUCAAUCCGCCCUCCUUCCUCUCUAUCAGCCCUUCUUCUUUAUCCGCCAUUCUUCCUCUCUAUCCGCCCUCCUUUCUCUCUAUCCGCCCUUCUUCCUCUCUAUCCGCCCUUAUUCUCUAUCCGUCCUUCUUCCUCUCUAUCCGCCCUUCUUCCUCCCUAUCCGCCCUUCUUCCUCUCUUUCCGCCCUUCUUCCUCCCUAUCCGCCCUUCUUCCUCUCUAUCCGCCCUUCUUCCUCUCUAUCCGCCCUUCUUCCUCUCUAUCCGCCCUUCUUCCUCUCUAUCCGCCCUUCUUCCUCUCAAUCCGCCCUUCUUCCUAUCAAUCCGCCCUCCUUCCUCUCUAUCCGCCCUUCUUCCCCUCUAUCCGCCCUCCUUCCUCUCUAUCCGCCCUUCUUCUUCUCUAUCCGCCCUUCUUCCUAUCAAUCCGCCCUCCUUCCUCUCUAUCCGCCCUUCUUCCUCUCUAUCCGCCCUUCUUCCUCUCUAUCCGCCCUUCUUCCUCUCUAUCCGCCCUUCUUCCUCUCUAUCCGCCCUUCGUCCUCUCUAUCCGCCCUUCUUGCUCUCUAUCGGCCCUUCGUCCACUCUAUCCGCCCUUCUUCCUCUCUUUCCGCCCUUCUUCCUCUCUAUCCACCCUUCUUCUUCUCUAUCCGCCCUUCUUCCUAUCAAUCCGCCCUCCUUCCUCUCUAUCCGCCCUUCUUCUUCUCUAUCCGCCCUUCUUCCUCUCUAUCCGCCCUUCUUCUUCUGUAUCCGCUCUUCUUCCUCUUUAUCCGCCCUUCUUCCUCUCUAUCCGCCCUUCUUCCUCUCUAUCCGCCCUUCUUCCUAUCAAUCCGCCCUCCUUCCUCUCUAUCCGCCCUUCUUCCCCUCUAUCCGCCCUCCUUCCUCUCUAUCCGCCCUUCUUCUUCUCUAUCCGCACUUCUUCCUAUCACUCCGCCCUCCUUCCUCUCUAUCCGCCCUUCUUCCUCUCUAUCCGCCCUUCUUCCUCUCUAUCCGCCCUUCUUCCUCUCUAUCCGCCCUUCUUCCUCUCUAUCCGCCCUUCUUCUUCUCUAUCCGCCCUUCUUCCUCUCUAUCCGCCCUUCUUCCUCUCUAUCCGCCCUUCGUCCUCUCUAUCCGCCCUUCUUCCUCUCUAUCCGCCCUUCGUCCUCUCUAUCCGCCCUUUUUCCUCUCUAUCCGCCCUUCGUCCUUUCUAUCCGCCCUUCUUCCUCUCUAUCCGCCCUUCGUCCUCUCUAUCCGCCCUUCUUCCUCUCUAUCCGCCCUUCGUCCUCUCUAUCCGCCCUUUUUCCUCUCUAUCCGCCCUUCGUCCACUCUAUCCGCCCUUCUUCCUCUCUAUCCGCCCUUCGUCCUCUCUAUCCGCCCUUCUUGCUCUCUAUCUGCCCUUCGUCCACUCUAUCCGCCCUUCUUCCUCUCUUUCCGCCCUUCUUCCUCUCUAUCCGCCCUUCUUCUUCUCUAUCCGCCCUUCUUCCUAUCAAUCCGCCUUCCUUCCUCUCCAUCCGCCCUUCUUCUUCUCUAUCCGCCCUUCUUCCUCUUUAUCCGCCCUUCUUCCUCUCUAUCCGCCCUUCUUCCUCUCUAUCCGCCCUUCUUCCUCUCUAUCAGCCCUUCUUCCUCUCUAUCCGCCCUCCUUCCUCUCUAUCAGCCCUUCUUCCUCUCUAUCCGCCCUUCUUCCUCUCUAUCCGCCCUUCUUCCUCUCUAUCCGCCCUUCUUCCUCUCUAUCCGCCCUUCUUCCUCUCUAUCCACCCAUCUUCCUCUCUAUCCCCCCUUCUUCCUCUCUAUCCGCCCUUCUUCCUCUCUAUCCGCCCUUCUUCCUCUCUAUCCGCCCUUCUUCCUCUCUAUCCGCCCUUCUUCCUCUCUAUCCGCCCUUCUUCCUCUCUAUCCGCCCUUCUUCCUCUCAAUCCGCCCUUCUUCCUAUCAAUCCGCCCUCCUUCCUCUCUAUCCGCCCUCCUUCCUCUCUAUCCGCCCUUCUUCCCCUCUAUCCUCCCUCCUUCCUCUCUAUCCGCCCUUCUUCCUCUCUAUCCGCCCUCCUUCCUCUCUAUCCGCCCUUCGUCCUCUCUAUCCGCCCUUCUUCCUCUCUAUCCGCCCUUCGUCCUCUCUAUCCGCCUUUCUUCCUCUCUAUCCGCCCUUCGUCCUUUCUAUCCGCCCUUCUUCCUCUCUAUCCGCCCUUCGUCCUCUCUAUCCGCCCUUCUUGCUCUCUAUCGGCCCUUCGUCCACUCUAUCCGCCCUUCUUCCUCUCUUUCCGCCCUUCUUCCUCUCUAUCCACCCUUCUUCUUCUCUAUCCGCCCUUCUUCCUAUCAAUCCGCCCUCCUUCCUCUCUAUCCGCCCUUCUUCUUCUCUAUCCGCCCUUCUUCCUCUCUAUCCGCCCUUCUUCUUCUCCCUUCUUCUUCUCUAUCCGCCAUUCUUCCUCACUAUCCGCCCUUCUUCUUCUCUAUCCGCCCUUCUUCCUCUCUAUCCGCCCUUAUUCUCUAUCCGCUCUUCUUCCUCUCUAUCCGCCCUUCUUCCUCCCUAUCCGCCCUUCUUCUUCUCUUUCCGCCCUUCUUUCUCUCUAUCCGCCCUUCUUCCCCUCUAUCCGCCCUUCUUCCUCUCUAUCCGCCCUUCUUCCUCUCUAUAGGCCCUUCUUCCUCUCUAUCCGCCCUUCUUCCUCUCUAUCCGCCCUUCUUCCUCUCUAUCGGCCCUUCUUCCUCUCUAUCCGCCCUUCUUCCUCUCUAUCCGCCCUUCUUCCUCUGAAUCCGCCCUUCUUCUUCUCUAUCAGCCCUUCUUCCUCUCUAUCCGCCCUUCUUCCUCUCUAUCGGCCCUUCUUCCUCUCUAUCCGCCCUUCUUCUUCUCUAUCCGCUCUUCUUCCUCUUUAUCCGCCCUUCUUCCUCUCUAUCCGCCCUUCUUCCUCUCUAUCCGCCCUUCUUCCUAUCAAUCCGCCCUCCUUCCUCUCUAUCAGCCCUUCUUCCUCUCUAUCCACCCUUCUUCCUCUCUAUCUGCCCUUCUUCGUCUCUAUCCACCCUUCUUCCUCUCUAUCCGCCCUUCUUCCUCUCUAUCCGGCCUUCUUCCUCUCUAUCCGCCCUUCUUCCUCUCUAUCCCCCCUUCUUCCUCUCUAUCCGCCCUUCUUCCUCUCUAUCCGCCCUUCUUCCUCUCUAUCCGCCCUUCUUCCUCUCUAUCCGCCCUUCUUCCUCUCAAUCCGCCCUUCUUCCUAUCAAUCCGCCCUCCUUCCUCUCUAUCCGCCCUCCUUCUUCUCUAUCCGCCCUUCUUCCCCUCUAUCGGCCCUCCUUCCUCUCUAUCCGCCCUUCUUCCUCUCUAUCCGCCCUCCUUCCUCUCUAUCCGCCCUUCCCCUUCUUCUCUAUCCGCCAUUCUUCCUCUCUAUCCGCCCUUCUUCUUCUCUAUCCGCCCUUCUUCCUCUGUAUCCGCCCUUAUUCUCUAUCCGCCCUUCUUCUUCCUCCCUAUCCGCCCUUCUUCCUCUCUAUCCGCCCUUCCUCCUCUCUAUCCGCCCUUCCUCCUCUCUAUCCGCCCUUCUUCCUCUCUAUCCGCCCUUCUCCUUCUCUAUCCGCCCUUCUUCCUCUCGAUCCGCCCUUCUUCUUCUCUAUCCGCCCUCCUUCUUCUCUAUCCGCCCUUCUUCCUCUCUAUCCGCCCUUCUUCCUCUCUAUCCGCCCUUCUUUCCUCUCUAUCCGCCCUUCUUCCUCUCUAUCCGCCCUUCCUCCUCUCUAUGCGCCCUUCCUCCUCUCUAUCUGCCCUUCUUCCUCUCUAUCCGCCCUUCUUCCUCUCUAUCCGCCCUUCUUCCUCUCUAUCCGCCCUUCUUCCUCCCUAUCCGCCCUUCUUCCUCUCUAUCCGCCCUCCUUCCUCUCUAUCCGCCAUUCUUCCUCUCUAUCCGCCCUUCUUCCUCUCUAUCCGCCCUUCUUCCUCUCUAUCCGCCCUUCUUCCUCUCUAUCCGCCCUUCUUCCUCUCUAUCCGCCCUUCUUCCUCUCUAUCCGCCCUUCUUCCUAUCAAUCCGCCCUACUUCCUCUCUAUCCGCCCUUCUUCUUCUCUAUCCACCCUUCUUCCUCUCUAUCCGCCCUUCUUCUUCUCUAUCCGCCCUUCUUCCUCUCUAUCUGCCCUUCGUCCCCUCUAUCCUCCCUUCUUCUUCUCUAUCCGCCCUUCUUCCUCUCUAUCCGCCCUUCGUCCUCUCUAUCCGCCCUUCUUCUUCUUCUGGAUCCGCCCUUCUUCCUCUCUAUCCGCCCUUCUUCCUCUCUGUCCGCCCUUCUUCCUAUCAAUCCGCCCUCCUUCUCUAUCCGCCCUUCUUCUUCUCUAUCCGCCCUUCUUCCUCUCUAUCCGCCCUUCUUCCUCUCUAUCCGCCCUUCUUCUUCUCUAACCGCCCUCCUUCCUCUCUAUCCGCCCUUCUUCCUCUCUAUCCGCCCUUCUUCCUCUCUAUCCGCCCUUCUUCCUCUCUUUCCGCCCUUCUUCCUCUCUAUCCGCCCUUCUUCUUCUCUAUCCGCCCUUCUUCCUCUCUAUCCGCCCUUCUUCCUCUCUAUCCGCCCUUCUUUCUCUCUAUCCGCCCUUCUUCCUCUCUAUCCGCCCUUCUUCCUCUCUAUCCGCCCUUCUCCCUAUCAAUCCGCCCUCCUUCCUCUCUAUCCGCCCUUCUUCCUAUCAAUCCACCCUCCUUCCUCUCUAUCCGCCCUUCUUCCUCUCUAUCCGCCCUUCUUCCUCUCUAUCCGCCCUUCUUCCUCUCUAUCCGCCCUUCUUUCUCUCUAUCCGCCCUUCUUCCUCUCUAUCCGCCCUUCUUUCUCUCUAUCCGCCCUUCUUCCUCUCUAUCCGCCCUUCUUCCUCUCUAUCCGCCCUUCUUCCUCUCUAUCCGCCCUUCUUCCUCUCUAUCCGCCCUUCUUCCUCUCUAUCCGCCCUUCUUCCUCUCUAUCCGCCCUUCUUCCUCUCUAUCCGCCCUUCUUCCUCUCUAUCCGCCCUUCUCCCUAUCAAUCCGCCCUCCUUCCUCUCUAUCCGCCCUCCUUCCUCUCUAUCCGCCCUUCUUCCUCUCUAUCCGCCCUUCUUCCUCUCUAUCCGCCCUUCGUCCUCUCGAUCCGCCCUUCUUCCUCUCUAUCCGCCCUUCUUCCUCUCAAUCCGCCCUUCUUCCUAUCAAUCCGCCCUCCUUCCUCUCUAUCCGCCCUCCUUCCUCUCUAUCCGCCCUUCUUCCUCUCUAUCCGCCCUUCUUCCUCUCUUUCCGCCCUUCUUCCUCUCUAUCCGCCCUUCUUCUUCUCUAUCCGCCCUUCUUCCUCUCUAUCCGCCCUUCUUCCUCUCUAUCCGCCCUUCUUUCUCUCUAUCCGCCCUUCUUCCUCUCUAUCCGCCCUUCUUCCUCUCUAUCCGCCCUUCUCCCUAUCAAUCCGCCCUCCUUCCUCUCUAUCCGCCCUCCUUCCUCUCUAUCCGCCCUUCUUCCUCUCUAUCUGCCCUUCUUCCUCUCUAUCCGCCCUUCGUCCUCUCUAUCCGCCCUUCUUCCUCUCUAUCCGCCCUUCUUCCUCUCAAUCCGCCCUUCUUCCUAUCAAUCCGCCCUCCUUCCUCUCUAUCCGCCCUCCUUCCUCUCUAUCCGCCCUUCUUCCUCUCUAUCCGCCCUUCUUCCUCUCUUUCCGCCCUUCUUCCUAUCAAUCCGCCCUCCUUCCUCUCUAUCCGCCCUUCUUCUUCUCUAUCCGCCCUUCUUCCUCUCUAUCCGCCCUUCUUCUCUAUCCGCUCUUCUUCCUCUUUAUCCGCCCUUCUUCCUCUCUAUCCACCCUUUUUCCUCUCUAUCCGCCCUUCUUCCUAUCAAUCCGCCCUCCUUCCUCUCUAUCAGCCCUUCUUCUUCUCUAUCCGCCAUUCUUCCUCUCUAUCCGCCCUUCUUCUUCUCUAUCCGCCCUUCUUCCUCUGUAUCCGCCCUUAUUCUCUAUCCGCCCUUCUUCUUCCUCCCUAUCCGCCCUUCUUCCUCUCUAUCCGCCCUUCCUCCUCUCUAUCCGCCCUUCCUCCUCUCUAUCCGCCCUUCUUCCUCUCUAUCCGCCCUUCUCCUUCUCUAUCCGCCCUUCUUCCUCUCUAUCCGCCCUUCUUCUUCUCUAACCGCCCUCCUUCCUCUCUAUCCGCCCUUCUUCUUCUCUAUCCGCCCUUCUUCCUCUCUAUCCGCCCUUCUUCCUCUCUAUCCACCCUUCUUCCUCUCUAUUCGCCCUUCUUCCUCUCUAUCCGCCCUUCUUCCUCUCUAUCCGCCCUUCUUCCUCUCUAUCCGCCCUUCUUUCCUCUCUAUCCGCCCUUCCUCCUCUCUAUCCGCCCUUCCUCCUCUCUAUUCGCCCUUCCUCCUCUCUAUCUGCCCUUCUUCCUCUCUAUCCGCCCUUCUUCCUCUCUAUCCGCCCUUCUUCCUCUCUAUCCGCCCUUCUUCCUCUCUAUCCGCCCUUCUUCCUCUCAAUCCGCCCUUCUUCCUAUCAAUCCGCCCUCCUUCCUCUCUAUCCGCCCUCCUUCCUCUCUAUCCGCCCUUCUUCCUCUCUAUCCGCCCUUCUUCCUCUCUUUCCGCCCUUCUUCCUAUCAAUCCGCCCUCCUUCCUCUCUAUCCGCCCUUCUUCUUCUCUAUCCGCCCUUCUUCCUCUCUAUCCGCCCUUCUUCUUCUCUAUCCGCUCUUCUUCCUCUUUAUCCGCCCUUCUUCCUCUCUAUCCGCCCUUUUUCCUCUCUAUCCGCCCUUCUUCCUAUCAAUCCGCCCUCCUUCCUCUCUAUCAGCCCUUCUUCUUCUCUAUCCGCCAUUCUUCCUCUCUAUCCGCCCUUCUUCUUCUCUAUCCGCCCUUCUUCCUCUGUAUCCGCCCUUAUUCUCUAUCCGCCCUUCUUCUUCCUCCCUAUCCGCCCUGCUUCCUCUCUAUCCGCCCUUCCUCCUCUCUAUCUGCCCUUCCUCCUCUCUAUCCGCCCUUCUUCCUCUCUAUCCGCCCUUCUCCUUCUCUAUCCGCCCUUCUUCCUCUCUAUCCGCCCUUCUUCUUCUCUAACCGCCCUCCUUCCUCUCUAUCCGCCCUUCUUCUUCUCUAUCCGCCCUUCUUCCUCUCUAUCCGCCCUUCUUCCUCUCUAUCCACCCUUCUUCCUCUCUAUUCGCCCUUCUUCCUCUCUAUCCGCCCUUCUUCCUCUCUAUCCGCCCUUCUUCCUCUCUAUCCGCCCUUCUUUCCUCUCUAUCCGCCCUUCCUCCUCUCUAUCCGCCCUUCCUCCUCUCUAUUCGCCCUUCCUCCUCUCUAUCUGCCCUUCUUCCUCUCUAUCCGCCCUUCUUCCUCUCUAUCCGCCCUUCUUCCUCCCUAUCCGCCCUUCUUCCUCUCUAUCCGCCCUUCUUCUUCUCUAUCCGCCCUUCUUCCUCUCUAUCCGCCCUUCUUCCUCUCUACCCGCCCUUCUUCCUCUCUGUCCCCCCUUCUUCCUCUCUCCCUUCUUCUUCUCUAUCCGCCAUUCUUCCUCUCUAUCCGCCCUUCUUCUUCUCUAUCCGCCCUUCUUCCUCUGUAUCCGCCCUUAUUCUCUAUCCGCCCUUCUUCUUCCUCCCUAUCCGCCCUUCUUCCUCUCUAUCCGCCCUUCCUCCUCUCUAUCUGCCCUUCCUCCUCUCUAUCCGCCCUUCUUCCUCUCUAUCCGCCCUUCUCCUUCUCUAUCCGCCCUUCUUCCUCUCUAUCCGCCCUUGUUCCUCUCUAUCCGCCCUUCUUCCUCUCUAUCCGCCAUUCUUCCUCUCAAUCCGCCCUUCUUCCUAUCAAUCCGCCCUCCUUCCUCUCUAUCCGCCCUCCUUCCUCUCUAUCCGCCCUUCUUCCUCUCUAUCCGCCCUUCUUCCUCUCUAUCCGCCCUUC